UUGAAUCACUGUUUUUUUUUUUGCAGGUACAAACGCAUAUUUUCGUUUGGUACAUUGGCUGUGACAACGUAUAAUCCGACUACUUUAGAAAUUACGAAUCAGUGGUUGUACGACGAAUUUGUCUCGAUCAAGCCAUCACCACGACCACCACAAGGCCAGGAUGAAUUCGUGAUCCACAUACGUUCCAAACGAAAGAAUGAUACGAUGCGGUUCUCGUCGGAUUAUACCCAUGAAAUUUUGUCUGAAGCGCUGUUGCAUAUGCAUAAAUUUGUGGACGCAAAACCAGAUUUCAUGGAUUUCUCUGGUUACAAGCAUGAUUGGUCGGAUCGUCGUAUACCAGUAAAGCUGCGGGUAACAGCACAUUCGCUUCAGAGGUUAAACAGCAAUUGCGAAGUGAUUGCUGCUUACAAGUACAUACGAAUCAAGUCAAUUGUCAAGAUGCAAGAAUAUCCAGGUGGAUUUAUCCUGGAAAUGGGUGAACAGCGUCGUCGGCACUUGCUGGCGUGUGAGGUACGCGACGAUUUAAUCAAGCUAAUGCGCCAAAUGGCCGGGAAUUAUUUGGGAAUUUCGAUUCCGGUUGCAAAAGGAGAAGACACUCUGGAAGAAUUCAUGCAAACACGUCUGGGAUUGUGCGGAAGAGAUGAACAGCUGACGUCGUAUGCCGAAUUCAAGGUACAAAAAUUCUCACCACGACAUAUUCCCUCGGCCAAGAGGCUACUUUGUUUGAGUGAAAGUUGUAUUAUUGAACGUGAUCCAGCAACAUACGCGGCCAUUUGUUCCAGGGCUUUGAAAUCCGUAAGUUUCCGUGUCGUUUGUUUUUGCUAA